AUGGCUGGCUCGGCUUCGGAAGCGGUGCCCACUAGUGCACAGACGUCUUCGCACUUCGGCAUGCCGCUCGCGGUGAUGCUGGCCCCGUGGGUCUUGGCUUCGAUAGCUUGCGUCUACGUCGUUCCUCGUGUCCUCUGCUGGUUCAGGACAUGGAGGACCCUGAGGUCUAUGCCCGGCCCUUGGGACCUUCUGCCCUUCUGGUACUUGCUUCUCUGCUUCAGGAAUGCUGUCAAAGUGAAAAAACGUAUGGGGGCCUCCGAAAGGCUAUUCAACCAGAUGCGUGAACUAUGCCAAGACUAUCCGGACAAAACCUUCAAGGUGUACGCCGGAGUGACGCCCCUCGUAUUCAUUAAUACUCCGGAUGCAGCCCAGACGCUUCUAACAAGCGCCAGAAACCAUAAAAAGCCAUUUGCCUACCACUUUACCGACUCCUGGUUGGGGCCAUCCAACCUUCUUGUUUCGACGGGCGACGCGUGGCGCUACAAAAAGAAGGUGCUGACUCCUGCCUUUCAUUUCGGCGCACUGGACGACUACAUUCCCAUCUUCAACGAGAACGGCGACUCUCUGGUCAAGCAUAUCUGCGAUGCUAUCGACGCAGCGCCCAGUGAUCCUGUCCCACUGUUCAAUAUCGCGCAGAAAUGUACCAUGGACAUCAUCGCAGAAGUUACAAUGGGAAAAAAACUAGGACUACAGGAAAACAAGAACCCGAGCCUGGUGGCGUCAUUUAACCGAGCGAUGAUGCUAGUUCCUGUGCGGUGCCUCAGCCCCUGGUUUUGGGUCCAGGCGAUAUACGACAUCACGAGCCAGGGAAAAGGCUACAAGGGCGCCGUUGAGGAAAUGGUGAACCUCACACAUUCCGUCAUGCGUCAACAUUUAGAAACAUCAAACGGCACGAAAAUGACUUCGCAAUUUUCACAACACGACACUGAGGCCGAUUCCUCCAAAAAGGCUUCGCUGAUUGAUAGGCUGAUGAAGACACAAAAAGAGGACGAGAAGUACACUCUUGAUGACGUAGUAGGGGACAUCAACACCAUUCUCGGCGGGGGAAACGAUACCGCAGCUUUGGCCGUGUGCUGGGCACUGAAUCUUCUCGGCCACAACGCCGACGCUCAGAGAAAGGCUCACGAGGAGCUCGACGAGAUAUUCGGCAGCAGCCGUGACGGAGAAAUCACCGCUGACGACCUGAAGAAAAUGAAGUAUCUGGAAUGCUGUCUGAAGGAAGCCCUGCGGCUGUACCCGUCUUUCCCCGUAAUCGGAAGGACGCUCGAAGAAGAUCUCGUCAUAGACGGCCAAACGGUACCAAAAGGUGUAACGUGCGUCAUCGCCAUCUUCAGCAUCCACCGCAACCCGAACCACUUCAAAGAUCCCGACUCGUUCGUCCCAGAGCGGUUCAUGACCGAGGAGAUCAAACAGCGGCACCCGUUCAGCUACAUCCCCUUUUCCAAGGGCCUCAGGGUUUGCAUCGGAGACAAAUUUGCCAUGGUGGAGAUGAAACUGCUCUUGGCGAAGGUGCUUCGCAAGUUCGAGGUUGAAUCUAGAAUCCCGCUGGAUCAACUCCGACUGACAUACGAAAUCGUCCUCAAGGACAAAGGCGGCAACAAAGUCUGGCUUCGAAGACGACCCGAGUUCUGCUCGGCUCUCGAAACGGCCGAAUCGUAGAACUCGAAUGUGCGACAGUUUCACGGAUCUCGGGCGAAAUUUUGGUGGUCGGCAAUUUGCCACAAAAUU